CCCUGAAUACCCUGAGCAGCGAGCGGAGGACGGCUGACAAACUCCCAUCGUUCACAGAAUAAAAUCGGGAUUCCUUGUACGCUCAAAAUACUAAAAGAUGGAUAAGAACGACCUGGUGCAGAAAGCCAAGCUGGCAGAGCAGGCUGAGCGCUAUGACGACAUGGCGGCUGCCAUGAAGUCCGUGACGGAGCAGGGCCUGGAGCUCAGCAACGAGGAGCGCAACCUGCUCUCUGUCGCCUACAAGAACGUGGUGGGGGCCCGCCGUUCAUCCUGGCGCGUCAUCUCCAGCAUCGAGCAGAAGACGGAGGGGAACGAGAAGAAACAGCAGAUGGCCCGCGAUUACCGCGUGAAGAUCGAGACCGAACUCCAAGAUAUCUGCAACGACGUGCUGAGUCUGCUCGAGAAAUUCCUCAUUCCCAAUGCAUCUCAGGCGGAGAGCAAGGUGUUCUACCUCAAAAUGAAAGGAGACUACUAUAGAUACCUGUCAGAGGUGGCCUGUGGGGACUCAAAGAAGACCACGGUGGAGAACUCUCAGCAGGCCUACCAGGAAGCCUUCGACAUCAGCAAGAAGGACAUGCAGCCAACACACCCCAUCCGGCUGGGCCUGGCCCUCAACUUCUCCGUCUUCUACUAUGAAAUCCUCAACUCGCCCGAGCAUGCCUGCUCUCUGGCCAAGCUGGCUUUCGACGAGGCGAUCGCCGAGCUCGACACCUUGAACGAGGACUCCUACAAAGACAGCACGCUGAUCAUGCAGCUACUAAGGGACAACCUCACUCUGUGGACAUCAGAAAACCAGGGAGACGAGGGUGAAACCGGCGACGGAGAGAACUAGAGCGCACUUCACUGUUAACCCAUCCCCACACUCUUCCUCCUCUUCCUCUUCCUCCUCCUCUUCCUCCUCCUUUGAUCUCUCUUCCUCCUCUUCCUCCUCUCUUCGUACACAUAAAACAGCCCGUUCAUUCCCUCGUCCCACUUUUUCAAGCCCGGCCUCCCGACUUCCCUUCUGUAUAACCAACAGCAUGAAUAGUACCUGACCUUCACCAGACAAAAAUAUUUAAGAAUUAAAAAAAAAAAAUUAAAAAAUGAGGGGAAAAAAUAAAUCAAGAAACGACUCCAUCACCCUCCCCCACCACCACCACCAUUUACUCCUCCAUCCCUCCCAACCCCCUCCUUGAUCCUGGCACUCCAAUGCAGGCCAGCAGACUAAAACCACUGGCCAGUCAAGUCUUAUAGCACGCAGGGAGGGUUUUUAUCCCGACAGUUCAAUUCUUUUAGAGCCCACCUUCUCCCGUUUUCUUUUUUUGUUUGAAUCUUUCUCUUCCAUUCCUUCCGUUCUUCCCUCAUUCCUCCUCCUCCUCCCUCCUUCCUAACAUCUCAGUACGUUCUCUCACCUUCCUCCUCCUCCCUCCUCCUCCUCCUCCUCCUCCCACCUCUCUCUAGUGAGUUUAAUGCAUUUAUAUAGUUGUCCAUCCCUUCUCUUUUUGGCUUUUCUUAGUGUACUGGCAAAAAAAAAAAAAAUGGCUGGUUUUAUUCCACUUUAAACAAAACAAGACAAAAAAAGGUUAUUAAACUGUCCGUUUAUUUUCAACAAACACUGUGAUGCUUAGUUUUUCCUCCACCACGCCGCCACAUCCUCGUUUGGUGGCAAUAAAUAA